UCUCCACACUGAAAUUAUUUUAUUUUUCAAUACAUAAACCUGGGACAUGCACAAAAAGCAAAAUGGUCACUCCAUCAUUAUUAAUUUAACCAAAAGGCCUGGAUGAGAUGAGAAAGUUUAUUAAUAAAGUUAACGAAUGUAACAUGGCAGCUCGGAGUUUCCACGCAGUCGGUGUGCAGCUGCAAAAAGUGGGACGGUGUUUCCGUGACUGAACGUCAAGCUGUGUGACAUCACGUCAAUGUUGACAUUCUGUCUCGGGAAGACAUCCAUAAAUGCCGUGUUUGUGCUUUGUCCUCAAAACGUCGAGGUGGGUCGGGCAGGUGCCACUGCAUGCGCACCCGGUGGGAACAUAUCCUCAUGCAUUUCGGGUGGUUUGCCAGACGCAUAGUGUCGAGAGAGACUGUUUUCCUGGAAACAGCUCGAUAGGACUUAGAACCGCAGCUGAAGGGGGUUAUAAUUUCAAAACUCUAUCACUUCAUUUUUUCCAAACAGAGUUUACACAGCUUGCGCAACGCGCGCGUUGAGUUGAGUUUUUUUGCUUGUGCGUAAAAAGUGAGGAUGAGAGGGGCGCUCUCCCACUUGGCGUACUGCUCUCAUUUGUUGACGACUUGAAGAGUUCGGACCACAUCCGUGCUGUCACGCGGAAGGUGUUUUUAUAUAGAUGUCCACUCAAGUGGAAAGGGGCCUUCAGCUGGAAGAGACAAAACUUCACUCGCCGAAAUCCGAAUGUGAAGGACACAUUGACGUGGAGAGUCUUGACAGCUGUGCGCCCGCGGCGCGGCACGGCGUUUGCGGAAAAACAGGCGAAGUGACUGAGGAACAGCAGCAGCAGCAGCAGCAGCAGCCCGCACGCAGGCUGACCCGAAGCCCCAAAUGCGCACGAUGCCGAAACCACGGUGUUGUGUCGUGCCUGAAAGGUCACAAGCGCUUCUGUCGCUGGCGUGACUGCCAGUGCGCAAACUGUCUCCUCGUCGUGGAGAGGCAGCGAGUGAUGGCUGCUCAGGUCGCCCUCCGGAGACAGCAAGCCACGGAGGGCAAGAAAGGCCACCGAACGACCCCGUCGCUCAGACGCAAAGCCUGCCAGCGUUAUGCACGAGCACCCAGCCUCCUAGUCAAAAGUAUUCUGGAGGGAACCAAGCCUCCCGUGGCUGCGAUGGAGGAGGACUCCUGGCUCAAGAGGAUCCACUACCCGUCCAUCAGCGCUCGCAUGCGGAAGCGGCGCGCCUUCGCCGACAAGGAGCUGGAGAGCGUGAUGCUGGAGCGGGAGCUGAGGCAGAAGGAGAUGCAGGAGAUGGCGGCCAGCCUGGUGCUCCUCCACCACCAGCCCCCCUCUCUCUCCCCCUCCGCCAUCUUCACCAGCGCUGCCGCAGACCCCCUGCUGAGCGAUCCCGGCCUGCCCGCCUACGUGCCCUUCUAUCGGGGCAGCCCGCUGCUGUUCGACUGCGGCCUGCUCUGCCCGGUGGAUGAGCGCCUCAAGCCCAGGCCCAUGGAGGUGAGCUACAGGGACAACCUGCCCAAGCUUUCCCUCAUGUCGGCUCCCUCAGCCCCCAGCAGGGACCAGGCGCUGCCGGACAGGUGGACAGGCCCUCCAGAGGGCACAAGGACCCAGAACCCCCAACCAGUGCCUCUGCCCACAACACACGCACAGGCCAGACCCUGUACAGACCCUGCAACAGGGCACGCGGCUGCAGUGCAGAGGACUUUGACUAAAAGUGUCAUUGUUGAGCAGUCUAGUAGGUGGAGCCAUAGUGUGGCGGUCGGGGCGUUGGGGCAUGAGCCCAGAGUUGACUGUCAGCAGGUGCCCAAUAAACUCUGUAGACCCCCGCCGUCACACAGCAGCUCAGCUAAAAACACUGGAGUUACGCGACCUUUUCCCUUCUCUGUAGAGUCACUGUUGAUGAGGUGAAUAGCUCACUCGGAACUAACAACACCCCCACUGUCAUGACUGACGCUGACGUGACACACUACUUAGGGAAUGGACGCCAGAGGAAUGUAUAAGAAAUGCAAUAAUUAUGUAUUAUUCAACCAAAGUGCAUUAUUUUAUAUCAAAUAGGGCUCCGUUUUAAAAAAAACAUACUUGAACAAUUAAUAAAAGGCAUAAUAAUUGUAUAGAUUCAAUAUUUUGACUUCAGUAGAUUUGACCCUACUUCGUAGAAUUGAAAUAUUACAUUUUGUAUCACUGUUAAUAUUUUUUGUAUUGCCAACAAAAUCAAUUAUGCCACAUUUGUUUACU